GUAGCUGCCCAUUGUCAAGAAUGCGGUGAAAAAAUUUCGUCUCGUUUUAAUGCUCCUCUUUUUUUGUUCUUUUCUCCGCGUUCCCCAUUUCACGCUUACGACUUCCUCCUCGAAACCCGAAACAAAAAAUCGUUCAUUCUGAGAACCAUUCGGACUGACCAAAUAAUAAACGAAAAGUAAAAUUUGAUACAGUAGUUUUCACUUCGCCGUCGGCGCGGUUAUUUCAGUUAUUGUUUUUGUUUUUCUCUCUUUCUCGAUAUAUAUUGUUUUUGUAUUUUUUUUGUCUUCUCCUCUCAUUGCUUUCUUGGGUUUGCGUUCGAACAUUUUUCUGUGCAACCCCACUUCGGAAAAGGACGACAAAUUUUUAUAUAAAUACUGGAUUUGUUCAACGGUAGAGUAUAAACGUUCCAGCAAAACCACAGCUACCACAAUGUACAAAAGCGCCGUUGUUCUAUUGUUGUUCGUUUCGUUGGUGGCUGCUAAGAGGACCAGGGAAUACGAUAACGACUAUUAUGGUUCCGAAUCGAACAACUACGAGCAAACCCAGGCCGCAGCUCAACCCCAAGGGAAACCUAAGCAGGGUUUCAGCGCCGGCAGUGGAUUAAGAAGCAUCGCUCAAGGUUCAGCUGAGCAAGCCAAGAACGCAGUUCAGAACCAGAAUGCUGCAGCGAGUCAGGCUGCCUAUGUCGCCAAGAAUACGUUAGCUCAAGCGGCAGCAGCGGCAUCCGCUACUGCUCAAGCGGCUCUGGCUGGAAAACAAGUGAUCUUGCAAGGUAUAGAACAGCAAGUUCAGGACUCUAAAACUGCCCUGGAUGGUGAAAACAUGCAACUGCAGCAGGCUCAGAGGAGUGCUACAGCUGCGCAACAAGCUGCUCAGCAAGCUCAGCAGCAAGUCAACAUUUUGACCGCAGCAUUGAACGCAGCCCAGGCUACUGCAGAACACGCCCAACAAUCCUCCUCGGAAGCUGCCGGAGAAUUAGCCGCCCAGGUGUCUAUGGUUGGCUCAGCUAAACAGAGGUUGCAAACGCUCAUUGAACAAUUACAAGGAAUUAGAAUUGAUUUCGAAGCCACUCAGGAUGCUGCAAUGAAGGCCCAAGCCGCUGCUCAAGCAGCUCAGGCUAAUGCGGCUGCAGCAGCGGCCGAAGCAGCAGUUGGCCUUGAACAGCAUCCGGGACAUCCAGGAAUCGGAAACGAGAAGAUCGCCGCCCUCGUCGCGGAACCAUUCGAGGCAUAUGGCCUCUACCAUUAUUAGCCUAAUUUUCAAUAUCUCAUUACUACUCGCUUACUUCAUUUUUUAUACACAUACCAAUAUUUUUCUACAGAAAUAAA